UGUGUAACGGCUCCUGUGCGACUUUGCAUGUAACGCCCUGCGUGCGGUAAACAUGUGCCAAUGUAACGCUUCAUGGCCUCACUGCGACCAUUAUUGCCAGUACGGUAGUAAUGUGAAAACUCUACGAACUAAAAGACGACAUUAAUUUUUGUGAAACGACUAAUACUGCUUGUUCGAGCUCAGCAGCUGUCACUGCAGUGACUAUUGUCAGUAUUGAGUAUUGGCGUUUGGAGAACACUGCAUAAUUAAAAUACUUCCUGAAGCGGAACCGACGUCGCUUCUCCAGGCAGGCAGGCUAGCCGAGUUAGCAGCUCGUCUCUCAAAGCUAGUUCAGCUACUGAUGUGUGCGCUAGCAGUUCUGUUUAUCUAGCGUCGUAGUGAGCGUGUGCCUGACCUCUGCUAGCUCUGGCUCUGCUGCCGUGCUGGACCCGCUACGCCCGUCGCCUCGUGCAUCACCAGACGGGUCAUUUCCAGGCAAUCCGGACUAGUCAAAUUAAUUUAUUUGCCGUCCUAGCAUUAUUGCAUUAUUAUUAUUAUUAAUAUUACUACAGUAUCAAACAAGCCGCCCGAUAACGCUAACUAGCGGUGGAUAGUCAUACUAUCGUAUAGUUGUCGUCAGCCGGCGUUGAGGAUCCUGCUUGCAGCGUGAGCGGGCUGUACUGUCUGUACUGUCUGUGGUCACUUGUACGACGUGUGUACCUAUCAGCAGCGUACUGUCUAGACCUGGUGCCAGUGGAGGCUGGUGCAAUCAGUGUACAUGCUAGUGUUCAUACAGAACACAGAGUGCCAGAGCCGCAGUGCCAGAGCCGUGUCUGGAAGCUACCAGCGGGCCCGUUCGGAGUGUCCGUAAUGAGAAGACGACACAGCUCUGGUUGGUGACGCAACUCGUUAACAGCGCAUAGUUCCCACAGUAUUAAACUGGGCAUAGGUCCCGUGCCAAAUAUGUCGGCACGGCCCAAGAAAUACGACCACAAGUUCAAAGUGCACCUUCUGGGUGAUCAAGCGGUUGGCAAGACGAGUCUGCUGCUCCGCUAUGCCGAGGAGCGGUUCUACAGAACUUACGAUCCAACUCUAAAUAUUGAUAUCAAGUACCGUGAUGUGGAAUACCAGGGGAAACGUAUCCGCGUUGAACUCUGGGACACGAUUGGACAGGAGAGGUUUCGUUCUACCAUUAGCGCAACUCUGAAGGACAUUGACGGCGUUGUGCUUGUGUAUGAUGUCAUGGACUCGGAGAGCCUUGUCUCCUUGGGUCAGUGGAUUGCAGACGUGGAAAGACGCUGCGGAGACGUGGGAAGAGUUAUGGUUGGUAACAAGGUUGACUUGGAGGAGAGUAGUGGAGACGACAUCACAGCAUCUGCAGCAUGUGAAUUGGCUGUGGAGAAGGGGAUUCCCCUGUUUAAAGCCAGCGCCAAGAGUAACCACAACGUUGAACAUGUAUUUGACGAGCUCAUCCAGUCAAUCCUGGACUGCAAGGCAGCACUGGGACAAUCAGCCAGUAGGUCGUUUGAAAGCUCCAUCGUGACGCUUCACGAGGAUCCAGAGAAUCAAGCUGAUGUUUCGAAUACUGUUCUUAGUAUCUUGAGAAAGUGUCUUUGCUAGCUGUAAGGGUGUGAUGCGCUUUGAACGCUACACCGCUACCAUGGUUACCUGACACGCGAAUGGAGAACAUCAAGCAGCUGCUGCUGCUGGUGGUGGUGGAGCAGCUGCGGCUAGCAACCGGAGUGCGUCAUCGUCAUCCGCGGGAAGGAAGUGUCCUUGCUAAUGUUAGCUGUACGGAUGUGAUGCGCGGGUGAGUCAGGACUUCUGAUGCUUUGUCUGUCGUCAUGGCUACGGUGAUUGGCGGCGAGCCGUGUUGCUGCUGCUGCUGCUGCCACGGCACACGUAAGGUGAGGUCGGUGGCAAGGGCGGGAUGCUCAACACUCGGCCUCCAGCCGAGUCUCACGCGCGAACCGUGAAUUGUUUUCAUAGUUUUCGUGAUUUCUAGUGUAUAGGAUCUAGAUACAGUCAUGUACGCAUCAGUGGUGACAUGUCGCGUCCACAUUCACGAACGCUUCAAAGUGCAUGGGAAUUUGAUCACAAUAGGCGACAUGCAGGGUAGGUUGAGUGGAAAAGAUGCUUUUGUUUUUGAAGCUGAUAACAGUGUAGGGAAUUGUGUGUUGCUCCCUACAUCAAUUAUCGCCGAAGUCGAACCAAAAUCUUCUUCACAUGAUAAUAUUGUAACCGGUAUGAUAAUUAUUCACUGAUCACCGGACGAAUGUGUCUGUUAGAAAGGAAAUAAAUAGUAUUCACAAACAAGUCCCACUUAUUGUUUCUGUUCGUAAAAGGAAAUUGCAAUUUUUUGGUCA